CUCCAUAGAAAUGUCUCGAGAAAAACGAGUCAACUUUUUCAUACAAUUUUGCGUGAUAAAUAGUUAAGAGUGAUUACUUUACAACUUCUAUAUUUAUUUUAUCUUAUAAUUUCUGCAUCUUUUAAUGUGUAAACAUUCAUUUUAUUUAUUAAAUAGUACGUCAAGAUACAUUGGAUAUAUCUACAUAGAUAUAUCCAAUGUAUAUACAUAUGUACGAUGUACGUAAGUAUAUAGAACACUGAUUAAAAAAAGAGUAAUCUAAUUUGACAAUUAGCUGACAAAAAGUUGACCAAAUUUGGAAGCUCGAUGCUCUAUCUAUAUAAUCAAAGUUAGUAGUAAAGCGCUGUAUACAACAGAAUUAUACGAGAUGCUUAGUCCGAGACACUCUUCAUAUAUUCACUUGUAGUUUCAACAAUCUCCGCAUUGUGUCUUCGUGUUAUUUAGAUAAUAGCGAAUGCUUACAUUAAAAAGUAAAAAACAAGGCACUGGCAACUUCACAGAUGUCACUCAUUCAUUAUUUUCACGUUGUGUGAAAAUAGUGUCAAUCUUUUUCAAAUAAAUAUUGAAAAUUUAAGUUUUUUACUAAUUAAAAGUUAUUAUUAUGCCUACAAGGCGUAGAGAUCGUGAUGAUGAGGAUAGAAUUGAACGUAAAAUUACGAAAUUAAAGAGAAAUCUGAAUAAAAAACGUCGUAAAUCACGUUUUUCUACGACGUCACCAGAACCACCGGUGGAGUCGGUGGAGGUUGAAACCGAUGAUUGUGCAGAUCUAACUGUAGUGGAUUCACUUAUAGCAGAACAAAAUCAAGGUAUGUUUUAUCUGAAUUCUUUAUUUUCAGCCAUAGGUACGCAGUAAUGUUUGGUCCCUUUGUAACUAGUGGUACUUGAUACAAUACGUACUCCAGUCGAGUGACGUACUUAUAUUUAUAUAAAGAGAAGUUCUCUUUAUUUUUUAUAUAAAAUAAGUUCGGUGGCCUUAUUUUAAUGCCUGUGUUAUGUAAUGCUGGUAGCAUUUCAUAAUUAUAGAACAUGUUUUCCAAUUAAGGAAAAUAUUUUUAUUACAGAUGAAAACAUUAUUCCAACAUUGGAUGAGUCUAUAUUGUCAGCUCUCGGUAACACCUUUAACACUGAUAAAGUAUAUGGGGAAGACAUACAUCCAGAAAUUAUGAAAAGGUUUGAAAAUAUUUUGACCUGUGGCUUGAAGAAAGAGAUAAAAGAAGAGAUUAUUAAAAAAUAUUUAAUACCUGCAAAUGGUAAAUUGUUAGAUGCUCCCAAGUUAAAUGUGGAGCUCCAGGGUCUCCUGACAGAACUUGUAAAAGCAAGAGACAAGAAAGUAGAGGAACGGCAACAGCAGUUGGGUACUGCCCUUGCUACUAUCAGUUAUAUAAUGGACACCUUAGUAAAGGGUAAUUUUAAUAAAAUUAACACUAUUACCAUUCUCACCGAUGUGACAAAAUUGUUAAGUGACUUGCAUUGGGAAGAUACAGUCACACGCAGAAAACUUAUUGCUGCCAAUUUAGACAAAAAUAUAGUAAAGUCCGUUGAUAGUUCUAUUCGGUAUAGUUUCCUGUUUGGAGAAAAAUUCAAUGAAAAUGUUAAAUCGGCUAAUGCCAUUAAGAAAUCUGCGGCUUCAAUUUUGAAACCUUCUAAUAUUAAUACUCAAAAGCCCAAUAACAAAAAUCGAAGUCAUGGGAUACAGCUUUUGGGAAACUAUCAAGGCCCUCCUCGCCAAGGUCAAUACAAACAAGGAGGGGGGGAGGGGAGGUAUCAGCAGAGGACCUCAGUGAGACUUCAGCAGCGGCGUCCAGCAGCCAAAGCAUACCACCCUGCACGGAGGCCUGUGCGCCAAUCAUGAAGGUAAAAGUUUUUGCUGGCCGCCUUAAGUAUUUUGUUCCCUGUUGGGAAAAAAUAACUCAAGAUAGACUUCAAUGUGAAUGUGAAAAAGACUCUAUUUUCCGCACUUAGUCUCUCA